AUGUCACUAAGCGGAUACGAUAAACUAGAAAUUCCAAUAACUAAACUCCAAUGGAGUUUCCGUGGAGCACAGAUUUUCUUUGCCUUUUUUGCAAUGGCAACUAUUGCUGCUGUUAUAGCGUUUGAUAACGCUCACACUUCCAGUUCGAUUAUGGCAAACUUUGCUCUCUUCAUAGUCCUACUCUCGAUGCCGACUGCAGCAGUGAUAGCCGGAAUUCCAUACGCCUACCUGCAAUACGGCAAAUUCAAGGCGUUUGCGAAAGCGAUGCGACAUCCCAGAUAUGAAUUCGUGCUAUCGACAAUAUGGGCCUCAUUGCUGUUAGUAUGUGCGAUAGGACUGAGCGUAGAGUUUGGAUUACGGGACUGUAACCCAGAAGAUUUCCCAGAAAUAUUAAAUAAAAGCGGCGACUCGUUUAAGAAUGGCUUACCUAGAACGUGCACGACGGGGAGGGCAAGUACUGCUUUUGGAUGGUUUGCUAUGGCGGCAUGGUUAGGUUCGAUUGGUGUGCUUGCCAAGGAAUGGUACGAUAAUAGAAGACAGCCUGUUGCCAAGAAUGAUAGUGGAUUGGAUGAUAUAAUGCAUUCUAACUCUACGAGAUCGUCGUUGGAAGAUGGAACGGUAGGAUAUCAAGAUAAAGAGAGGUUUCAAAGUAUCACCGCGAUAGGAGGAAGUAGCACUCCGCCAGUAAGCGAAUACAAGGGUUACAGCAGUCCACCGACUAGUUUAUCGCCACAAUUAGCGCCGACACCUCAACCUAUACCAGCACCUCAACCUAUACCAGCGCCACAGCCCGCGAGUAAUCCAUUACAAAUUCAACCACCGCCGGGAGCUGUUUCUUUUCCUGAACCACAGCGGUACAGUUAA